AUGGAUCAACAGGAGUUCAGAUCUGGGUCUAAGGACAUUUGGGGGCUCAAUGAAGGCAAACUGGAUACGAGUUCACCAAUGUACGAGAGCCACACUGGCUCAAGCUCCCCUAUCUCCGGGAACACACAACAUAACAGCAUCAUGCAGAAGUGGCGCGUUGACAUUCAGGCUGCUAUCGAGGCGAAAAAACAGAAGGAAGCCGAGGUGAUGGAAGCAGCAACGAAAAAGGCACAACACGACUUGGAGGAAUGGCGCAGAUUGAGAAACGAGAAAAUAAAAUCUACAGCGCAAAAUACCAAUGAAACGAGUGAAGGUGACAUAUAUAGGUCUGUAAAUGGGCCAUUCGACUGGAAGAAGGCGGCAGAAAUACUGAAUAAGGUCGGUUACACUGUCAACGAUCAGAGCAGCGGUUCAUCGCAAAAAAUGGCUGAUCUAAUAUUUUUGAAAGCCAAACAAUGA